GAGCCAGCACGGUGGAGGAUGUCUUGGUCACUCCUUCUCUACAUGUGCCCCGUUUAAGCAAGACGUAAACCGGCUCCGGCCCUGCUCCUCCUCCCUUACUCAGCCUACAGUCUUUCCCGGUCACCCACCACACAGCAGCUGUUCCUUGCCUCACUAGGACUGCCUAGCUUUCACCUCUGUCUGUAUUGUGAGCCAAAGACACAGCAAAACACACACUCCGGUCAACAGUACAGGAGGACCACCACUCUGACCCACAGGGUUCAGUCACUCCAGAGGAACAGGUCUAGGGACAGAGAGAGGGCAGAAUGGAGCUGUGGACGAUACUGAUUCCGAUUUUGCCGCUGAUUUUCAACCUAUGUGUGGACGUGGGAGCUCAGGGCUCAGUCUACGAUCUCCUAAACUCUCCGGACUGUCUGCCAGACCUGCUCCAGGGAGGCCUGGUGGAACAGGGAGUGAACGAGACUUUCAUCCUCACCACCUUCAAGCUGCAGUCCAAGACUGCCACCAUCUUGUUUGGUCUUUACAACCCCCAGGACAACAGCAAGUACUUUGAGUUCACUGUGCUUGGGAAGCUCAACAGAGCCGUGUUACGUUACUUGAGGAGCGACCGGAGGAUGAGUUCCAUAACCUUCAACAACAUUCCGCUGGUGGACGGCCAGCGCCACCGCCUACUCUUCCACCUGAAGGGGAUGCAGCAGGGCCCUGGGGGGCUAGAACUCCACCUGGACUGCAGACUGGUGGAGACGGUCCGAGAACUCCCCUCCGUGUUUCAGGGCCUCCCUGCAGGCUACGGUGUGGUGGAGCUGAAGAGCAUGCAGGGCAAAGCAGAGGAUGAGCUGGAGGAACUGAAGCUGGUGGUGGGAGACACGUUUGAGAAUAUAGCCUCACUACAAAACUGCCACCAACAAGGAGACUCAGUGCAGACUCUGGGGGUCAACACAAAACAGCUGUCCACUCAAAUGCUGGAGCUCACCAAGGUGAUAAAUGAGCUGAAAGAUGUCCUUAUUCAGCAGGUCAAAGAGACAUCGUUUCUCAGAAACACCAUCUCUGAGUGCCAGGCAUGUGGACUUGGUGGAAGCGAGGUCAUGAUGCCCAAGUGUGCCCCUGGUACUUGUUUCCGUGACGACAUGUGCGUUGAGACAAAAGAAGGGGUCGAGUGUGGACCCUGUCCCGACGGAUACACGGGCGACGGCUUCAGCUGCGACGAUGUGGACGAGUGUCAGUUUAACCCCUGCUUUCCGGGGGUGAAGUGUGUGAACAUGGCCCCAGGGUUCCGCUGUGAGGCGUGUCCUCUCGGCUACACAGGCGUGGCCCUGGAAGGGGUGGGAGUGGUCUACGCGCAGACAAACAAACAGGUCUGUAAUGACAUUGAUGAGUGUAAAGAACCUAACAACGGCGGCUGCACUGCUAAUUCUCUCUGUCAGAACUCCGCCGGCUCCUACGUCUGCGCCGGCUGUAAGACGGGAUACACGGGGGACCAGGUGAAGGGUUGUAAGCCGGACAGGAGCUGUGGUAACAGUCUUACCAAUCCCUGUGAUAUCAACGCCCAGUGUAUCCAAGAAAGAGACGGCUCCAUCAGCUGUCAGUGUGGGGUUGGCUGGGCUGGUAAUGGCUACCUGUGUGGGAAGGACACUGACAUUGAUGGAUACCCUGAUGAGAAACUCAAGUGCAAGGAUGUGCUCUGUAAAAAGGAUAACUGCGUCCGCGUUCCCAACUCCGGCCAAGAGGACGCCGACAAGGACGGUCAAGGGGACGCCUGCGAUGAUGACGCAGAUGGGGACGGUAUUCCGAAUGACCAGGACAACUGCUGGCUGAAGCCCAAUGUGGACCAGAGGAACAGUGACAAGGACAGCCAUGGUGACGCUUGUGACAACUGUCGCACCGUGGAGAACCCCGAUCAGAGGGACACGGAUGGCGACGGGAAAGGAGACUCCUGCGAUGACGACAUGGACGGAGACGGCUUGAAGAACUUCCUGGAUAACUGCCAGCGGGUGGUGAACCGGGACCAGUUGGACCGGGACGGAGAUGGAGUGGGAGACGCUUGUGACAGCUGCCCUGAUAUCCCUAAUCCUAACCAGUCCGACAUCGAUAAUGACCUGGUUGGGGAUUCUUGUGACACAAACCAAGACAGUGAUGGUGACGGUCACCAGGACACCAAGGACAACUGUCCCAACGUGAUCAACAGCUCCCAGCUGGACACAGACAAAGACGGCCUGGGGGACGAGUGUGAUGACGACGAUGACAACGACAACAUCCCGGACACCCUGCCACCGGGACCCGAUAACUGCCGGCUGGUUCCAAACCCAGACCAGCUGGAUGAAAACAACGAUGGUGUUGGAGAUAUUUGUGAGUCAGACUUUGACCAGGACAAGAUCAUCGACAGGAUAGACAACUGCCCUGAGAAUGCAGAGGUCACUCUGACAGACUUCAGAGCUUAUCAGACAGUGGUGCUUGAUCCGGAAGGCGACGCCCAGAUUGACCCCAACUGGGUUGUCCUUAAUCAGGGCAUGGAGAUUGUGCAGACCAUGAACAGUGACCCUGGACUCGCUGUCGGUUACACAGCGUUCAGCGGGGUGGACUUCGAGGGGACGUUCCACGUCAACACGGUGACUGACGACGACUACGCAGGCUUCAUCUUCGGCUACCAGGACUCCUCCUCAUUCUACGUGGUCAUGUGGAAACAGACGGAGCAGACCUACUGGCAGGCCACACCCUUCAGGGCCGUGGCCGAGCCUGGCAUCCAGCUCAAGGCGGUGAAGUCCAAGUCGGGUCCCGGGGAACACCUCAGGAACUCCCUUUGGCACACGGGGGACACCAACGACCAGGUGCGUCUGCUGUGGAAGGACCCGAGGAACGUGGGCUGGAAGGACAAGAUCUCCUACCGUUGGUACCUGCAGCACCGGCCCCAGGUCGGCUACAUCAGGGCCCGUUUCUAUGAGGGGACAGAGCUGGUGGCUGACUCUGGUGUGACCAUUGACACCACCAUGAGAGGAGGGCGACUUGGCGUGUUCUGUUUCUCUCAAGAGAACAUCAUCUGGUCCAACCUGAAGUACCGCUGCAAUGAUACCAUCCCUGAGGACUUCCAAGCAUUCAGCACUCAGCACACUGGCAAUGAUGGUUUCUAAUGCUGAAGAGACAGACUGGACUGAAAGAGAGGUUCUCCAUGCGUGUGUGUGCUGGCGUGUGAUGUUCUACUUAAGCUGUGACACCAGACCCAGAAUCUGUACUACAUCACUACACAUUAUGGACCACAGGACAGUAGUCAGGUUAUGGGGACUUUACAUUGACAUUACAAUUACAUUCUCUUGUACCCUGGUCCCAAAUCUGUUUGCCUUGUUUGAAAGACAGCACAAACAGAGUUGGGACCAGGCCAACACUGCUUAUGUCCACAAAUGGAAGGGGAUGCUUGACUUUUUUUAAUGACUCCCACAUGAAAUAUGCUUUUCUGCCUGGUUUGUCUUAGAUGUAUUUGUUCAUAUGUUUGAAAUUCAUGUUGAUUCUUUCAUAAGUGUAAUGUUAUCGACUAGAGAAUUUCAAUAAAUAAUGU